GCAAGGCGAGAGGGGAGUUUGAGCUCAGGUAGAUCCGGAGAACUCCCCUGCUGUAGUAGCUAAUGAACAGAUAGUGAUUGCUCUUAAGAGAUAACUGCUUACUAGGAGCAUGUCUAUGGUGCCGAUUUGGACUAGUCAAUUAACUUAAGUUGCAUGCUUUUGGAUGGUGGGGUGAGCAUGGGGAGAACAUGUAAACUCCGCGCAGAAACGUUGGCUGGCUUGGUAAGGACUAGAACCAGUGAAGUUCUCGCUGUGGGGCAACAGUGCUAACCACUGGGCCACCAUGCCACUUAUUUAGGAAAGGAAGAGGAGUAAUACCUACUUCUAGGGAGAUUGUUCAAAACGAAGAUGGUUGUUAUGUGGAGCUUAUGGUAUUUAUAGUAGCUUAGGAGUCAUCUGAUUGGUGAAUUAUGAAUUGAAUAAUGCGGGACCAUCUGCACGCAAUCAUAAUCAUGUGAUCCUUUCAAAAUUUGUUUACAAAUAAACUUAACUUAUAGCCAAUUUAGGGAAUUUUAGCUAAUUUGUGCAUCUCCUGACUUCCGUGUGCAGCCAUGCUGCUGUUGUAGCUGGUGUAUUCUGGGAAAUUUUGGUACCCCUUGGUUUCGAGUGUGGUCCAGAAAAAUCUCUGUUUCUAGGGGUAUCUAGCCCUUCCGAUUAGGCCUGUGCCUAAGCUAAAGAGAAUUGGGACACCCCUACCUCUUCACUUGAACGCACAAAAUGAGGGGGAGGGGCUAAGGGGUAGAAUUGGAAUUAAGCCUGAGUUUAACUGAUUAUAUUUUAAUUACAUUACAACAUUGAUGCUGUAAAAUGAACUUUAUGAACCAUCACGUUCAGCCUACACUUAAAGUUUAUCUGUGGCUGAAAAACACUAGCUGUGCAUAUACAGCCCAUUGCGUGACAAACUUGGAAUUUUGAGGGGAAAAAAAGAUGCAAUUGCCUUUUGUUCAGUGUCAUAGUGGAAACAUGCCUCCACAUGAAAGGCAGGUUUCCACACGGUAUAGGUUUUGUUUUUUGUCUUCUUCGCUGUGGAUGCUUUGCUUUGGAAUGCAACUAUCAAAAGGCAUUUACUUAUCUCUUAUCAGUGACAUUUAUUUUUGUAUUUACAUUUGUAAAUUUGAGUAGCAGCAGGAGUUUGCUGGAACACCAGCCAGCAAGGAAGCGUCACGCUUAAGUCCAAAAAAAGAUGUCUUUUGUAACUGGAGGGGUAUAAAUUGUUCAAACUUGUGUCAGAAAGUCACUCACUGCAGAUGGUGCAGACACCACCCAAGACUUCUCUAAAGCUGACAACGCUCAAACAGAAGGUGAGAACUUCUAAAAAAGAAGGAACCAUAUUGACCCAACCUAGAUCUCUGAUCCUGUAAAAUAACUAAGAAAGUUUCACUAAUUAUUCAUCAUGGCAUGUGAACGGGACUACAACACUCUAAUGGCUGGAUUGCAAGAGCUUGAUCUCCAAGGAAAUGCAGUCCCCAGUGAUCUUUUACUAACAGGUGAACAUUCAAUUCCCCUUGCCGUAAAUCCACGUGGUCAGGUGCUGAUGGCUGCAUCUCAUUAUGGCCAGGGACGUAUGGUGGUGCUGGGACAUGAAGGAUUCUUAACACGCUUUCCUGGCCUGAUGAAGAAUGCCCUGACUUGGCUCAGGCCAGAUACCAGAGAUGCCGGGGUUGUAGGAAUUCAGAGGAGUUUACGUGCAGUAGCUGAAAACUUCCCAAUCAAGACAGAGCUAGGAGACUUUCGGAAUGACUUAUCUAUAUAUAUCACAGAUGCUUACAGUGUUGAGACAUCUGCAAAGGAUCUGAUAGCUUUCCUCAAAGCUGGGGGUGGUUUGAUUAUUGCUGGACAAGCCUGGCACUGGUCUCGCAAACACCCACAAGAAAGCACUAUUAGGAACUUUCCAGGUAACAAGGUCUGCAGUGUUGCAGGAAUUUACUUUACAGAGCGCCCAGGACAAGUCAGCAUCUUUCCUGUUCCUAGAAAUAUCCCUUCUACUUGGCAUGCUUUGUCAAUGUGCCAGGACGUUAAGAAGGAUCUAGAGUUCUUGCUGGAAGGUGUGUUCGAGUUCGACACUCGUGGGACUUUAGCAUCUGAGGUGUUGGUGCAUGGACCAUUGGCAUUUCCCAUCGCUCUCACUCAAGAUGGAAAACCAUUUUUUGCUGGUGCCUAUUAUGGGCUAGGUCGAGUAAUUCUGGUAUCCCAUGAAUGCUACCUGAGCAAAAACACCACAUCCACUUUCAUGAUCAAUGCUAUCAAGUGGCUUGCUGAGGGUCGCCAGGGUGUUGUUGGGAUCAUACCAAGACUCAAAGUAGCCCAUGAAGUACUGGCCAAAUCUGCAUUAGAUUGUCAGUUGACUGGUUUUAGAGAUGACCUUAGCGUCUACGUCUGCACCUCCUACAGUGAUGCCCACUGUGCAGAGAUCCAAGAAUUUGUUGCAGAAGGUGGAGGACUUCUGAUUGGUGGUCAUGCUUGGAAUUGGGCUAGAACUAACUGGAGCUCCAAUGUAAUGACUGAAUACCCAGGAAAUCGCAUUCUUAACAAGAUGGGAUUGAGUCUAUUGGAGAACACCUUGAGUGGAGGGUUAUAUAAAGCUCCAGAAGUAGAGCAUGGUAGUGAAGAGGGGUACCACUUUUGGAGAAUGCUGCAGCGAUUUGCUGAACAUGUUAAAUUAGGGCAAAAACUGACUGAUCAGGAACAGGGCUACCUGAAGCAGCUGAGCAGCGAUUGUGCCAGUUACCUUCGUUCGCGCUGUUAUGAUAGUGCUGCUUACACUUCAGUGUUAGCUCUUCUUACUGACAUAGUGAAGAUGCCAGGUUUUCCACAAGUGAGUAGUAACUGUCCUGUGGAAAGUCCCAAUGACUGCAUGAUGCUCCACAUUAGUAAGGAGGUCUACAAAGUGACACCUCAUCCUGAUGACCUUAUUUCAUACAUCAUCAAGGACAGACCCAAUUUGCCCUCCGUGUCUAAUGCAAGAGUUCGGAUCACUGCCAACACUGCAGAUUCUGUAGAAUGGAUCAGCACCGGCUUAUAUCUUUCUCCUGGUAUGAAGACAUACAUCACAAUACCUCCAGAACUCAUUGGAACAAACUGGCAGGUACAGCUUGGUUGUCAGACAGAUAACAUUGGUGGAUCAAACAUCCUGAAGCGAGCUCCUGUGGUCGAUGAGAGGUUCCCCUUGGACUCAAAAAAGGUCCAGGUCUGUAAUCUGUGGGGAGGACUCAUCUACUUCAUAGCACCUCCCGAAAGCAAAGUGGAAGGGGUGGAAAUUGUUGUGCAGACCGCAGUACAGGCUCCAUAUUUCAAGUCUGGAGAGACCAGUGUAGCUGACUGGGUGGGCAAGAUUCGUAAGAGACCUGCUCCCUGGGCAGAACUUGAGUUUGAAAACCUCAUCAUGACUAUGCCCUCAGAUUUCAUUCGGAAUCUAGACCGCCCUGAUGAGGUGGCUAAACUUUGGGAUGCCAUAAUGAGAAGCGUAAGUGACUUGGCAGCUACUCCAGCCAAAUUCCCCCGCAAGGAGCGAUUUGUUGGAGAUGUUCAGAUCUCUGCUGGAUUCAUGCAUUCUGGAUAUCCCAUAAUGAUGCUCUCCAGUUCUGCUUCACAACUACUAAAUGUGAAGGAAGCCCAUAAACAUGAUUUCUGGGGACCAAUUCACGAGUUGGGCCAUAACCAGCAGCGUAAGGUUUGGGAGUUUCCUCCACACACCACUGAGUGCACCUGCAACCUGUGGUCAGUGUACAUCCAUGAGAAAGUUCUGGGUGUGAAUAAGGCUAAUGCGCAUCCAUGCAUGACUCUACAAAGCCGGCAGGCUUGUAUCAUUAAGUAUUUCAGUGGUGGUAAGGAUUUAAAAAACUGGACUAAGGCCACGGCACUCGAGACUUACAUGCAGCUUCAAGAGAAAUUCGGCUGGGGUGCUUUCAAGAAAGUUUUUUCUCUCUACCAUGAUAUGAAAGAUGUCCCAAAUGACAACGCAGGAAAGAUGAAUCUAUAUGCCAAGACCUUCUCCAAGGUGGUCAACCACAACUUGUCCCCGUUCUUCAAAGUGUGGGGUUGGCCCAUCCAGCCCAACACAGAACAGGAGCUCUUCCAUCUGCCAGCAUGGAGAGACCAUCCUGUGGCCCCACUCUCCCCUUAAAGUGGAUAAUGUACUGAUGUCACUCAUCCAGUUAAGGUGUAAAAGGGAAAACACAGUCUGUAAGGGUUAAACACAUUAUAUACACAUAUAAAUGAAACCCGAUUUUCAUUGAUUGUUAAUUUAAUCAAAUUCAUAAUGUUGUGCUCUAGUGAUUCUGAUUUCUCUUUGUAUAAAACCUCACUGUAUCUAACAGACAAGUGAAUUGUUUAAAAUGUUAGUGUUAGGUGAAGACAUGGUGGUGGUAAGGCAAAAUGUGUUGAAUCGUAUACUGAUGUUAAAUAUCUUAAAGGUAUUACAUUUAUUGACUUCAUGUACAAAACUGCAAUGCUGUCGUUUGAAUGGUCCUGAAAGCACGACCUGUGAUGGAAAAUUGUUAAUAGUUAAUAAUUAAACGUUUUACACUUGCUGCUUUAGUCAUUAUAAUCUAUUUUUUUAGUUACUGACUUUCAUACUUCACUGUCUGAGGCUGGUGAUACAGUAACAGAUGAACUAAGCUUUGCUUAAUGAUUCUCUCAGGUCGCAGUGCUAAACUAGAUAAGUUUGAGAUGCGAGUCAUUUAUUAACCCAUCUUUCUGAAUGGCUUGUGUGUGUUGUUUAAGAAUUAGGUUAUUGUUGCAGAGUAGUCAAUAAAACGUUUGUUUCAUGUUAAGAUCCGUUUUGUGUUCAUAAGAUUAUAUCUCAUCGUAAAAGACUUCCUAAAAUAUUGAAAUACUGUCAUUAUGUUGGCCACGUAAUAAUAUAAUACGGCACAUAUAAAGGGACUGCUGUAUGUUGUCUUUGAUAUGGCUGGACCAGUCCUAAGACAUAGGUUUUACUUAAUUCCUUAUUAAAGAGCCCGAAUUAUACAUGAAAUCGGGUCAUAUUUUGGUUGUAAGGGUCUCCAACAACAGUCUAAUAUGCAUGCAAGGUCAAAAAACACUUUCAUGGUCUUAUAAUCUGCAUUUAGUUUUACCUAAUUAUUCCAGCGACUCCCAUAUGAAUCGUUCAGCGAUUCAUUUGUUCCCAAACCCGUGAAUGGACCGAUGACAGCCUGCUGCGAUUGGUCGACACGGACAAGGCUUUAGAGCGAGACAGAGUGAAAUGCCCAGCUGCUAAUCAACACUAUAAAAGUCACAGUGCAUACACACUUCAUAGUGGAUUUUGGCUGCCAGUGGGUGAAUGUAAAUACAGACGAUGGACUAGAAAAUACUGACGACUAACUAUUUUAUUGAGCAAAAACACACACACAGGGCCGGCGCAUCCAUAGAGGAGACCUAGGGCGGCAGAAUAGAGAGGGCACGUCGGCGACACCUCCAUCACCACCCAUGUCCUCAGUUAUAUCCGCGAAUACCCACCCCCACCGGUCUUCAAUUUCAACCGCGACACCCCCCCCGGUCCUCACUUUACUAACGGGUCCCUUUCGUUUUCACUAUUGGGUUGAGGGCGGCGUGAUCAUCCUUUGCCUAGAGCGUUACCCUCCUCAGAGGAGACACACACACACACAUUACCCUCCUCAGAGGAGACACACACACACACUACCCUCCUCAGAGGAGACACACACACACACACAUUAAACUCCUCCCCGAGGACACGACACACACACCUAGAGCGCCAGAUCAGCUUGCUGGGUGUAAUUUAGACACCUCACCUCGAACCUGAGCUGAACUAUUUUGAAACUUGAGUGUUGCAUGUGUGUAGGAAAAGCUGACGAUCCGUAAACAAAGCGGCACGCGUCGCGUUUUAAACGUGGCUUACACGCGAUAUGAGAAUAUAAAGAGUUAACCUGAUACAGUACACGCGGUUACAAGUAACAAAACACAACUAAAUACAUAAUGUGCAAGCAUAAUUUGCAAUUGGGCGGUUAUGAAUUUGAUUGUGUGGGUAAAAAAUGGCUGUUAGGAGCUUUUUAAACAGUUUUCUUGUCUUAUUAUGUGUCAAACAUCUUUAAACUAGACUUAAUAAACAGGGGAAUUACUCUUUAUUUAAGAAUUAUCAUUAUAUAUUGUCUUAAAAAAACAAAGAAUGUAAACAUCAAUGCAUAUUAUCAUUGUCCACUAUUGUAUUUAAAUUAACAGUAGUUACAAUGCAAAAUUAUUGCUUGUUGUUUGUCAAAAUACUGAUGCUUUAACUUUUUUAAUGGGCAAACUUAAAACAGGUCAAUUGCAGCUCAUAUAAAGUCUUAAACACACACACACACACACACACACGCACACACACACAAACUGGUCUUAAAUUAGGUCACAGAUUUUUUUUUUGUAUUAAAAGCAAGAUUGAUAACAUUUUCUAGUCAAAAAAUCAGAUCCCUUUUCACAGCGCACCAUCAUACUUAUUUUUUAUUUUCAGAAGGAACAAGUAUUCAUUUUGCAUUGUAACUACUGUCAAGUCUUCAUUGUUUUGACUUUCAGCAGUGAUAUUCGCAUUACACUGAACUGAACUAAACUUAACUUCAGCUGUGUAUAACUUAAGACUUUUUUCCAUGACUGAAUGUUCUUAAAUCAUUUAUUUCUGGUGUUUAGAUAUUAUUUAUUUUUUUGCAGUGAACAACCUUCAAAGCCUUACAGAUUGUUUUUUUAUUGUGCCUAUCUCUUUAUUUCUAUUUAGAUAUAAAGUUGAAAUUGUGAGAAGUUUAGAAUUAUCCCCUAUUGGUAUUGAUAUCUUAAUGUUUUUUUUUUACAUUACAGAAAUUUCAAUCUUGUAACUUUAAUUGUGAAUUACAUGAACAAAUUGUUUCUUAAUAUAUGCAAC